CAGCGGUCACACUCAGUACCAAUAUUCAUUCACCACGGUUCAGAGAAAUAAUGUUGGGCGCCGCGAGGAUCAACGGAGAAGUGAUCGGGAUCGACCUAGGGACCACCUUUUCCUGUGUCGCUGUCGUUCGGCCAGGUCUUGGCGUACAAGUCAUAGCCAACGACCAAGGCAACCGAACCACGCCUUCGUACGUCGCCUUCUCCCCCUCCAACGCCGGCUCUAAACGUCUCGUCGGCGAAGCCGCCAAGAACCAGGCGACUCUCAACCCCCGCCGAACAGUCUUUGACGUCAAACGACUCAUUGGGAAAAAGUUCGACGAUCCAGAUGUCCGGGCAUAUUUAAAGUACUCGCCCUAUCCAGUCGUGCGAAGACAUGGAAAGCCAUGCGUCGAAAUCGAAGUCAACGGCAAGUUGAAAACAUUUACCCCGGAAGAAAUAAGUGCCAUGUUGCUGAGGAAAAUGAAGGAGACGGCGGAAACCUACCUUGGCAAGAAAGUAACCAACGCCGUGGUCACCGUCCCCGCCUACUUCAACAUCUUCCAGAGGCAAGCCACCAAGGAUGCUGGCACUAUCGCCGGGCUCAAUGUUGUGCGGAUACUCAACGAGCCCACUGCCGCCGCCCUAGCCUAUGGUGUAAAUAAAGGUUCGACGACGAACAAGAAGCACGUUCUGGUAUUUGAUUUGGGUGGCGGAACGUUGGACGUUAGCAUUUUGAACAUCAACAACGACGUUUAUCAGGUACUGGCAACAGGCGGCGACAUGCAUCUCGGCGGUGUGGAUUUCGACCAAAGAGUGAUGAACUAUUUUGUUAAUCUGAUCAGGCGGAAGUACAGGAUCGAUAUUACAUCGGACGGGAAAGCUCUGGCGAAGCUGCGGAAGGAAUGCGAGAGGGCCAAAAGGGUACUAAGCACUCAGAAGCAUACUAGAGUCGAGAUCGAUUCCUUGAUACUAGGGAUGUAUUUUUCGGAGCCACUGUCGAGAGCAAGAUUCGAGAAUUUGAAUUCGGAUCUGUUUGAGAAAACAAUGAAGGUGGUGAGGUCGACACUGAAAGAUGCAAAUUUGCUGAAAGGUAAGAUUGACGAGAUUGUAUUGGUUGGAGGGAGCACCGGAAUUCCCAAGGUGAGGGAGAUGUUGAAGGAGGAGUUCGAUGGGAAAGAGCCCAGCAUAGGGAUCAACCCUGACGAAGUUGUUGCUUGUGGUGCUGCUGUCCAAGGAGCAAUGCUAAGUAGCGACCAAGAUGGACUUGUUGUUACAUUGAAUGAUGUCACUCCCUUAAGUUUGGGGAUCAGGACAAUGGGUGGAGUCAUGUCUGUAGUGGUACCCAGAAACACAGUCAUUCCUACAAAGAAGAAGUGCAGAGGGUACACUACCGUUGAAGAUCAGCAAACUACAAUAGUUUUCGAGGUUUUCCAAGGUGAAAGAGCACUCACCAAAGGUUGCAUUCUGCUCGGAAGUUUUACUCUUUCAGGCAUCCCACCGGCCCCAAGGGGAGUUGCGUCUGUGGAGGUUACAAUGGAGGUUGAUGCGGAUGGAAUCUUAAGCGUCACCGCUAAAGACGAAGCAACCGGGAAUUCUAAGUCCCUCGCCAUCAACAACUCCAAAAGGAAUUUGAGUUCAAUGGAGAUCGAGAGGAUGACCAGAGAGGCAAGGAGAAUGGCUGAGCACGAUCGGAAGGAGAAGGCGCGUAUUGAUCCGAGGAACCAACUUGAGAGAAACAUUUAUGAUUUGAACUAUGGUAAGACAGCGUUGGAGAGAGCACUUGGAGAAGCUUCAGGGUGGCUUGAUCACAACAGGGAUGCGUGCAAGCAAGACUACGAGGCUAAAAGCCAGGAAUUGGCAGACUUGGUAGCCAAGAUGAUUGUUGGGUGGAACAGGCCUCCCGUUUAAGUGAGAGUGCAUGUAGUUUCGUUAAUUAGUACUUGGGUUUGGAGAAAAAAAAAAGGGGUUGUAUCUAAUUAUCCUAUUUGGAAAAUGAAAGAUUAGCGAUCUAUGGGAACGGCUACGGUGCUAAUUGUACAAUAGUUAGCACCGUCCUAACCAAGGGAAAAACUACUACUAGUUUGAAUUAGUAGUGAUUUAGCUUAGAUGUUGUAUUGAUUUUAUAAUAAUUCGUAGUGAUUUCGUUAUUUUUAGUAGCGUUUUUUGCUAGUUAUCACGGUGCUAACCCCUAUAAGGGUUAGCACCUAAUCCCAUCCCGCGAUCUAUGCAUUUGGAUGGUUUUGUAAUUUUAAAAUGGAAAUUGACUAUUUUAUUUUCCUAAGUUAAAUAUUUUUUUGUCUAGUCAUUGUGAAUCAAGAAAAUAUGAUUAAACAAAGUUGGUGCGGAUAUAAUUAGGUUCAUAAUAUAUAUGUAGGAUUGGAGAUGAACUAAAAUGCUAACCAUUUGGGUUGGUGUUCGAUUCGAAAAAGAAGGGAUGUAAUUUACGUAUAGACAAAUUAGACUGUAUAUUGUAUAGUUGAGGCUAGCAUAGCAAUUUCUAAAACCACGAGCCAAAGUAGAUUAUUUGGGUACAGUUCGGGCCAAAAUAAAGUAUUAACCCCCUAUUUAAAGGCUUAGACAUGAAUUUUAGAGGAGACUUUGCAGUUUAUCGGUUUCAUUCUUGGUUCAUUGAGUUUUUAGCUUGUGAAUUGUGCUUUGUAUCAAUCGAGUAUUCUUUUUGAUUGUAGUCAAACUUCUACCCUAUAUUAAUAGAGCAUACUCUCAGGUGUGAGAUAGCACUUCAAUUUCGCCUAUCCCUAUCUCUACUCUCUAUUCUUGGUUGUGCGACUUUGAUGAUUACGCACACCAGUUCCGUGCUCGUAUCAAAUUGAUCCUUGCUUGGUGAGUAACUACAAGAAAAUGGGUGUUAUUCCUUGUAGAGAUAUGAUGAGUAUAGUAUAGUGUGUUGAUUCUCUAUCUAUCUAUCUAUCUACAUGUUAAGUGUUGGCUACUGCAAUUCCAUUUUUCCAGCUUAUAGAUGAGUACUAAAAUAACUAAAGGGAGUUGUCAUCUCAUGCUACAUAAGCUGAUUACAAUCAUAUCAUGCUACAUAAGCCGUUUACAAUCAUAUAUGCCUUGGAGGUCCCAGGUUUGGUUAUGGUUCAAUUCUGAAGAAUCUAACUUCGGCUAAAACCACUACAACUAACCGCAAUAUAAUCUAUUAUGGUUUUAUUCUGGUAUUAUUUCACAAUGGUAUGCUAAUUUUGUCGGUAUAAAAAUAUUUAUUUACUACAAAAAUGAUAUUACAUCGACACAAAACAAUUGAAUAGAAUCGUGUUAUCCACCAACGAAUCCAAUACAAUUUCACAAACCAUAAAAAGCCACAAUGCAGAGCAAUGCCGAUGACCACGCCCGCGAAGGCAUUGCUCGGUGGGCUCGAUUGAAUUUUCUUGAUUUAAUUUGCAGAUCUCUAAUGUCAAUGUUAAUUGAACUUUUUUUGUUGCAUUGUUUGUAAAACUGUGAGAAAAUUAGUAUGAUUUGAAAUUUAAGAGAUAAUUAUAAUAUUUAAGCGAUAUGGACGAAACAAAAUGUUUAAAUGAGU